UAUACGCAGAUCUUUGGCAUCUUCUACAACAUCGCACCACAAGUCUCGACAACAGAUAUCGGGACUACUCUUGUCCAGUCCGAAGAACUUGUCAAGAUCGCAGCCGAGCUAGGCUGUCUUUGUCUCCUUCGCCCGCAUCUCGGUAAUGUCUUCAGCCAGUACCGCCAGGCUCUCUUCCUCGCCAUCAAAUCUGAUCCGGCGCGCUGGAUCCAACUCGCCAUCGUGCUCGAGAACAAGUCCAUAUACACCGAAUGCCUCGUCCACUUGGUCGGAGCGCACCCCUGUUGGCCAUGGCUAACACGGCGAACAGCCCUCUCGCAAGAUCUGCGGAAGCUCAUCGCGGGAAAGAGCGAGGAGCUGGACAGAAUGUGUGUAGAGGCCGAACGAGGAGUCCUGCUUGCGACAAUCCACCUUGGGCGCGGCCCGCUCGAUCCCACGGAGCGCAACCAGACCGAGACGUGGCUGGUUGUCCAAGUCUUUCGCGAUCUACUCGCCCAGCGCAUCGACGCCUUAGAUCGCGACAAAAGGGCGGCGCUGAAGCGAGGCACGUUCUUCCGGGCAAUCGUGGCGGACAAGCUGGAAGUGCUAGACAGCGAGAACGUCAGGAAGAUCUGCCAGGGGACCAUGAAUUCCGACUGGAAAGACCUCGUGGAAGACCUAAGGUCAUUGAAGAACUAUGCAGCGGAAGUGAUAGCGGAAGUGGCGGCCAACGAGUUAUUGAUCGACCCUGACGCAUGUGGUAUUGGGUACUUGACUUGCGCGAAGGUCGAGCUUGAGGAGGUGCCCUGGCUGGCGACGACAGAAAAGUCAACCUGA